AUGACAAGAACGUGCGAUUUUGAGGCGACAUCCUCGCAGGGAUCGUCGAGCGCAUGCGAUAUAAACGAAGUUCCCGAUGAGACUGGCUAUAAUAACAACUUGGAUCACGACGUAGUCAUAAACAAAGACGUUGCUCGUACAACAGUGAGUGGGCUGGAGUUGCUCAUGUUAUAUUUGGAAGCAGAGAUACAUCGAGCGCGGGCUUUUAUACGUGAGUACGGUGCUAGAAUUCGUCGAUUCUUCCGGGAAGGAAUACAUAUUGACUUUCGUAGCAUUGCGAGACAUUUCGCGGUUCUCGCAGAUCGUAGGAGCUCGGCGGAACUUUCUGAUCUAAACCAAGACGCUGCUAUGAUUUUCAAUGUUUAUACUUUUAAUGAUGUUGAAAUCGUUCUUACAACAGAUGAAGAAGUUGAAGAUGGUGUAGUUCAUGCUUACACAGUACGGUUUCCUGCUUGGACCUGCCUCCCUCCUGCUAUCACUUCUCACGUUUGCGAGACUGAUCUUCGAGAAUUUCAGCUGUUCAACCGACCACUCAAAAUGAGCAUGACCAUUGACGACGAUGACGAAAGACUUUCUCUGCCUAGUACUAUGGUCACAGACCAGGAGUUGAAGAUACAAUCCCUUGAAGCUCAACUUGCUCUACUCUCUAAGCAAAUGCAGUCGCUGCUCAGUGGAAAAGGAGGAUCUAUCGGGGCUGUGGCUACUGGUCACAUUGAUUCCUCUCCUUUUCUCUCGGAUGACGAGGGAAAAGGCACUUCCCUUUGCAGCCCAUCUGAUACAGUGAAAAUUACUUCAUCGAGUAGUAAGCGACUAUCAGCACUUCCCGAAAUUUGUCCACCUGCUGGUUUACCUCCACCUCCGCCGCCUCCUCCACCUGCGUUGUCUACCAGCAGCUGUUCUGUCUCAAAAAAUGUUUCAACACCUUCCAAGCGCACAGUGCUACAGAUGUUAAAUAAGUCCGCAAACGUCGAUCAUGAGGCGCUUCCCCUCCGUCCAAGCGUAUUUGAUUUGACUACUGUUCAGCUCAGGAAAACAAAUGCUGCAAGGUCACCUGGUGGAACACCAGUUGUUCGACACUCGAGCGCACAAAACAAUACAGACGAGGGCAACUAUCUGGCGAUGGCACUUCGAGAGAAAUUUCGGUCUGUACAGGAAUCGUUGUCCGAGCACGAAGAUGAGGUUAACACCAGCUGGUUGGAAGAUGAUGCGAACUGA